CCAGGAUAGAAAAAAAUAAAGAAAAACAUCUGGCGAAGGAAGAAGAGUACAUCAUGUUCUUUCCAAUUCCACUUCAAUUUCUAACUCUACACCACCAUUCCUCUUCAAAAUCAAACUCCUAUUUUCUCUCCCUACCAAAGUAGGAAACCUUUAAGAAAGAGAAGAAGAAAAAAGAAAGGUAGAAAUGGCGCUACCCCAAAUCCUACACCCUCACCACUCCCCAACCCUCAGAUUCAAACCCUCCUUAAACCCUACCUUCCCCCGCGCCGCCUUCAAAACCCCAACCGCCCGCACCAAACCCUCUCUCCACCAUUCAAUCCGGUGCUCCGCGGGAGCACCGGAUCACCAUUCGAUCGACACUGUCGAGCUCCCGCUCUUCCCCCUCCCACUCGUCCUCUUCCCUGGUGCAAUCCUCCCCCUUCAAAUCUUCGAAUUCCGCUACCGGAUGAUGAUGCAUACCCUCCUCCACACCGACCUCCGAUUCGGCGUCAUCUACUCCGAUAGCGCCAGCGGCACUGCAGACGUCGGCUGCGUUGGUGAGGUCGUCAAGCACGAGCGCCUCGUCGACGAUCGAUUCUUCCUUAUCUGCAAGGGCCAGGAGCGGUUUCGUGUCCGUGGCCUCGUCCGCACCAAACCCUACCUCGUUGCCGAGGUCUCAUGGCUCGAGGACCGCCCCUCCGGCGACGAGGACCUCGAGUCGCUUGCCACUGAAGUGGAAUCCUACAUGAAAGAUGUUAUCCGGCUGUCGAACCGGCUUAAUGGGAAGCCGGAGAAGGAGGCGCAGGACCUGAGGCGGAAUCUGUUCCCGACCCCGUUCUCGUUCUUCGUGGGCAGCACGUUCGAAGGAGCCCCACGGGAGCAGCAGGCCCUGCUGGAGCUGGAGGACACGGCGAUGCGGCUCAAGAGAGAGAAGGAGACGCUGCGGAACACACUCAAUUAUCUGACUGCAGCUUCAGCGGUGAAGGACGUGUUCCCGUCUUCUUGAUCUGGGGUGGGAUGAACGGAAGGUCUGGAUUUGUUACGAGUUGAUAUAUAUAGAGAGAGAAGGGGGUGGAGAAAGCCAUGGUAUCUAUACAAGUGGUUUGUUCAGAUCUAAAACUUGGCACAUCUCGCUGCUGCACUUUCCAGAAAAACUCACAAGAUGUAGACAUUGCAAUGCUGCGGUUUACCUUAGCAGAAUGCAAGGGUGACUGUAUGAAGCUAAUGGCACAAUCAGGGGAAAGGGUAGCAGCAAAGAUAGCAGUUGUUCCAGCAACUGAGUAAAAGGUGCUUUACUUGUGGAGAACACCACAUUUGAGUUGGUGACAUAUCAUCAGUCAUCACAAGUAUUGAAUCGGGCAAAUGAAUGUCCUUUCAAUGGCAUCUGCUCACAUGUGGCCUAUGCAAAGGGUGAUCAAGGCAAGUAGUUAUGCAGGAGUCUUGGCGAAGAUGAAUGUGUUGCCAAGGAAAAGCACUCUGCGCUGCUCCUUUUGAAGACCCAAGUAGUUGCUGCCAAGAAAAUAGUGGGAGGAGCAUGGACUGUACAAGGUAAGAACAUAAUCCUUUUCUCGAUUAUGGGAGCCCUUACAGUUAUGUGUUCACAUCAAUGAGAAGCAUAACGAACUGCUGUAUGAAACUAUUAUGUUAGGUCCAUUACAAAACAUAUAUUUGGGAUAUGGUGUCCCCAGCAGGUUGGCUAAGAUCACAUGCAUGUAGAUCCAUUCCCAUCUUGCUUUGUAGAACAGCUCUUGGAUUGAUGCCUUGUCAUUCAAUGACACGUUAUUAUGUUCAAACUAGAUUGUUGAAACUAGAUUAGAGGAAAGAGUUUCUCAAGGAA